ACAGCAUAUAUCGAUCGUAUUGUUACUCGAUUAUAUUUGUUUACUCGGACACGUGCAUUCUUUCAGGAUAUUUUGUCUUUAUUCCGCGGCUGUUGAUCAUUUUGCAUGUGAAGUAGCUGUCUUGGUAGCACAUUUGCACUUCUUUGUGCACCAAAGAUGCAGACACUGCCCUGAAUCUGAUUGUCCUCCUGAGAGCAUCAUGCCGUGUGAAAGGAAGCCCAUGCGUUACGGUCACUCAGAAGGCCACACUGAUGUCUGCUUUGAUGAUGAGGGAAAGUGUAUUGUGACCUGUGGGAGUGAUGGUGAUGUCCGCAUAUGGGAAAGUCUAGAUGACGAUGAUCCCAAGUCUAUAAAUGUCGGGGAGAAGGUGUAUUCUGUAGCCUUGAAGAAUGGAAAGCUCGUUACAGCGGUUUCCAACAACACAGUUCAGAUUCACACUUUCCCAGAUGGAGAUCCAGAUGGCAUACUCACUCGAUUCACCACCAACGCAAACCACGUCACCUUCAACGCCAGCGGGUCAAGAGUGGCUGCAGGCUCAAGCGACUUCCUGGUGAAGAUAGUGGAGGUGGCGGACAGCAGUCAGCAGAAGACCCUACGUGGGCAUGAUGCUCCCGUCCUCAGUGUGGCUCUUGACCCUUCUGAUGAGUUCCUUGCUUCCUCCAGCUGUGAUGGAUCAGUCACUGUGUGGUCUAUUGAGUCACAGACUCAAGUAGCUCAAUGGAAAGUUCUCCAGAAGUCAAGUGACGUUAGCAAUGCCAAGUCUCUCUGUAGACUUGCUUGGCAGCCUCGCUCUGGAAAGCUGCUUGCCGUACCGGUGGACUUGACCAUUCAGCUGUAUGACAAAAACACAUGGACGCAUGUUAGCACACUCUCUGAUGACCUCAUCACGCAGGUUGUUAAUGUUGUGGUCUGGUCACCAUGUGGGAAGUUUCUGGCUGCAGGAACAGUUGGCGGAAACCUGUUGAUUUGGGAUGUAGAGGCCAAACUGUGUAUCGAGAGACAGAAACAUGAGAAAGGGUUCACUGUUUGUGGGAUGGCGUGGCAUCCCUCAGGGGGCCGGAUCGCUUACACUGACACAGAGGGCUGCCUCGGGCUCCUGGAAGGCGUGUCGUCCUCGUCGCCGUCCUCUUCCUCUGCUAUCCAGAACACCAAGGCCACUGCAGCUAAAGAAACAAAUGAUUAUGAUGACCUGUUUGAUGAGGAUGAUGACCGGAUGCUGGACGAGGGCAGGAGUGACUCGCGGUCUCCAGUGAAGAAACCCAUCAUGGAUGAUGAUGAUGACGACGAUGAUGACCUCAUGCCCGCCACGGGCAGACUGCGGAACAGAGGAUCCUUCUUGGAUGACGAUGACAAUUCUCAAGAUCCAGGCUCUGUAAAACUGGAUGGACUUCCAGAGGAGGAUGGCAGCAGUGCUGUUCAUCCUGCUGUGGCCCCUGCAGUGUCCCGUCCUGUAUACGAGGGUCCCAUGCCCACACAACCCCAAAGAGCUUUCCAGCCAGGAUCUACCCCGGUGCACCUCAUGCAUCGCUUUAUGAUGUGGAACUCCGUGGGCAUCAUCCGUGGCUAUAAUGAUGAUCAGGACAACGCCAUUGAUGUGGAAUUUCACGAUACUGCGGUCCAUCAUGCCAUGCAUCUCACCAACACCUUGGGCCACACCAUGGCUGAUCUAUCCCAGGAGGCCGUGCUGCUGGCCUGUGAGGGAACUGAUGAGCUUGCCAGUAAGAUCCAGUGUUUGCAUUUCUCGUGCUGGGACACUCAUAAGGACUGGAUGGUGGAUCUACCUAAAGGAGAGGACGCACGUGCCUUGUGUUUGGGUCAGGGCUGGGCGGCAGUGGCCACCAGUGCUCUGAUGGUCAGACUGUUCUCCAUCGGUGGUGUGCAGAAGGAGAUCUUCAGCCUGCCUGGAGCUGUGGUCUGCAUGGCAGGACAUGGAGAGCAGCUCCUCAUAGUGUAUCACAGAGGUACUGGGUUUGAUGGAGACCAGGCCCUUGGUGUACAGCUGCUCCAUCUCGGGCGGAAGAGAAGGCAGGUCAUCCACGGAGAACCGUUGCCUCUCUCACGGAAGUCCUACCUGGCAUGGAUGGGCUUCACUGCUGAGGGAACCCCGUGCUGUAUUGACUCCGAGGGUGUUGUACGUAUGCUGAACCGGACCCUGGGGAACACAUGGACUCCUGUCUGCAACACCAGAGACACCUGCAAGAGCAAAUCAGACCAUUAUUGGGUUGUUGGGGUUUAUGAGAAUCCACAGCAGCUCAGGUGUAUCCCAUGUAAAGGAUCACGUUUCCCACCCACCCUACCCCGCCCUGCUGUGGCCGUCCUGCCCUUUAACCUGCCUUAUUGCCAGACCACCACAGAGAAAGGCCAAAUGGAGGAGCAGUACUGGCGGUCCAUGCUCUUUCAUAACCACUAUGGCUUUCUGUCAUCCAAUGGUUAUGAAAUUGACAGCGAGGGUCAAUCUCAGGCUGAGAAGGAGCAGCAGGAACUGCUAAUGAAGAUGUUCGCUCUGUCGUGUAAACUGGAGCGAGAGUUCCGGUGUGUGGAGCUGGCUGAGCUCAUGACUCACAGCGUUGUGACGCUCGCCAUCCGUUACGCAUCUCGUUCCAGACGCAUGGCCCUGGCACAGAGACUCAGUGAACUCGCCCUGGAAAAGGCCAAUCAGCUGCAGGAGGAGGAGGAGCAGGAAGAAGAUGAGAUGGCCUAUCAGAGCCACACCAGUAGAGAAUAUAGAGGAUCCAAUCAGAUGAGCAGCAGACAAGCACAGGUUGAGAAUGGCUGUGAGGAGGAGGAAGAGGAGGAAGAAUAUCCACAGGAAGAGCAAAUGGAUGCAGAGGAAUCAGAGACCAGGAAACCACGUUUGAAUCCAUUCAAAAAAGGAGGAAAAUCACCUGAAAGGCCCUCUCCCAAACCGGUGAGCAGAGAACAACGUGUGAACCCUUUCAAGGUGUCCGGUGCAGGAAAGUCCUUAAGUUCUCCAGCUGGUCAGCCCAGAACGACUAAUGUUUUGGACAGCAUGACGAUGUCCAGCAGAAAACCUGCAACUCUCAGCGGAACAUCAAAACAGGGCAAAGGACCAGUCCUGAAGCCCCUGGCACCCAAACCCAAGUCCAAGACCCAGGCCACGCUACUGCAGAUGAGUGCCUCUAAAGGAAACAGUAAGAAACAGGAAGACAGCCAAACAGGAGCAGAGAAAGUGAAACCAGCUCCUGCAGCUACACCUCCAGUAUCAGCGGAAAAUAUUGAAAACAGAAAACCAAAAACUGGCUUUCAACUGUGGCUUGAGGAGAAUAGGAAGAGCAUUCUCGCAGACAAUCCUGACUUUGAGGAAAUGGAUGUUAUCAAGGAAGGCAUGGGGCGUUUCCGCACUCUCUCAGCAGAGGAAAGACUGAACUGGACGGAGAGAGCAAAGGGCGACUCGGACCCCAAGAAAAGAAAACGUGAAGAUGAAGCAGGACAAGUUGAUGAACAUAUGGAGUCAGAUGAGGGCAGUGCCAAAAAGAAAAAGCCACUGGAUACUUCUGCUAAACUUGCUGCAUUUGCAUUUAACAAAGAAUAGUGCUUUAAUACUUAUAUAUUUUUAUAUUUUAUUUUAAUAUUGAUUGGGGGGAAAAACUUUUAAAAGUAGUUUUUCAUUGCUUACUGUAAUUCUCUGUCCUCUCAUUUUGUUAAAUAGAUUCGCUGCUCAUUUGUGUUCCACUUGUUCUCCAUAAAUUUUCUCAAGUUCGAGCUCUUUUGAAAGCAGAACGUGUCUCUCUUCAUUUGCAUUUGAAAUGAAGCAAAGGCUCUUUGUUAAACAAUUUGCAAGAUGGUUGAUAACAAGGUCUCUUUGAAUCUGGUGAUAUUCCCUCCUCCUUAAUUUUGUCUACUUUGUACAUAUGUUUUUGUGAUAUUUUCUACUGUAUGUAAAACAAUCAUAAUAAAAGCUAAAAUACUGAA